AUGAAAGAGAAUGCAAUGGAUGAAGCUUUUGCCAAUAAAGAAGGUAAUCAUUCUCGAUUGGCUUUGAAAACAUUUGGACAAUUGGGUCGCUAUAAUAUUGAACACUAUGAAAGAUGUCAAUCUACUAUUUCAAGAGUUUAUAAAUAUGUUAAUAAGGAAAAUAUUAAUGUUUUAUAUUCAUUUCUAAUUUGUUGUGAAUUAUCAGCUUAUGCAUUCCAUGAAAAAAGCUAUGGAAGAAUUUGGUGUAAAGGAUCUUUUUUAUUUCCAUGUCCAUUUAACUGCCGAUAA